ACCCUCGGUCUUCCUUGGCCGCCCCCUGGGAGUUUGCUCUGACGUGUAGCGAGCUGCUGGUGUGGAAGGAGCGGCCGGGAACCGCCGCUGAUCCGACCGCCAAGCGGAGAUGCCGAAGAACAGCGGCAAGCAGCUGAAGCCGAGCUCCAGCCUCCGGGAACGGCUGGACGGACACGAACUGGACCUGAGCCUGAGCGGCCUCAGCGAGGUCCCGGUGCGGGAGCUGGCAACAUUGCCCAAGGCCACUGUCCUGGAUCUAUCCUGUAAUUCUCUUGUCACACUGCCGUCAGAAUUCUGCAGUCUGACACAUCUCAUCAAACUUGAUCUGAGCAAGAACCAGCUGCAGGAGCUUCCUUCAGAUUUUGGACGACUCAUUAACCUGCAGCAUUUGGACCUCUACAACAACAAAUUGACUAACCUGCCAGUCAGCUUUGCUCAGCUCAAGAACUUGAAGUGGUUGGAUUUAAAAGGAAAUCCACUUGAUCCAUUGCUUGAGAAGGUGGCAGGUGACUGCCUGGAUGAGAAGCAGUGCAAGCAGAGUGCAGCCAAUGUGCUGCGGUACAUGAAAACCAUUCAGUCCGAACAAGAUCGUGAAAAACAGAGACGGCUGCUUGUUGAAAGAGAAUUGGAGAAAAGGCGUGAAGCAGAAUUACGGGCUAAGGAAGCAAGGGAACGAGAUCUGCGUAAACGAGAGAAAAUGGAGGAGAAGGAGAGGCGCAGGAAGGAGUAUGAUGCACAGAAAUUACAAAGGUUCAAUGAGCCAAAGGAGGAAAAGCCUACAACUACAUCAGAAAAACCAGUCUCUUCUGUCAAUCCAUCAGCACCUAAAAAAGGACACUUAUUCCAAGUGCUACUGAAGGUGCUACUGUUCCUGCUACUAUGCUCCAUUGUCACUGUGGUGAUGUGCAGGAGAACAAAACUUCCACAUGAGCAGCUGUGCAGUACUGUAAACCAUCUAUACGAAGACACACUUCACGCCCUUCAGGGAAAUGAGGUUCUCCAGAAGCUUCUACGUAGCAUUCCAUUCCCAUGACCAGGAGCCAGGUGAAGAAUCACUGAAAUUCCUAUGGAAUUGAUUAAUUCGUGUGUUCUUAUAUUGCACAUAAAUCCUUCAUCUUAUUUGCCUUUCCCAAAUUCUACACAAUAAAAUCCUGUUUCGCAUUCA